UCUGUCUGUGUUUCUGUCUUGUUCUUGUGUCUUUGGCCUGUUCUCUUGUUCUGUCCUGUCUGUGGUGUGUGUCUCUUCUCUUCUCUUCUCUUCUUCUCUUCUUCUCUUCUUCUUCUUCCUCCUCCAUCUCCGUCUCUUCUUACUCAGCCGUCCUUUCUCCACCUCUCAACCUCACCUCAGCUCACUCACCUCUUCCUCACCCUAUCCUAUCCUGUCCUGUCCUGUCCUGUCCCAUACACAUCUCUCGUCUUCAUCUCUUCCAUAUCUCUAUCUCUCUCUCUCUCUCUCUCUCUCUAGGCGUCGGGAUUUCUGAGUGCUCCCACUCCUUCAUCUCCCUUUUCUCAUUCUUAACCCUUCCACUUCCCUUUCCAUUCCUCCUGCGCGCGUCUGCGAGCUUGCAUCUCUCUCCUCCCUCUCUCUCUCUCUCUCCUAGCGUUUGGCUAUAGUGCUGCUGUCAGGAGGCAGAAGCAGAAAAGUGAAAAAGAAAAGAAUACCAGAACGAACGAACGGACGAAGGGAACGAAAAAGAAAAGAAACAAAAGAGAAAUAUACUGGUCGAAAGCUCUCUCUUUUUUGCGUCGGUCUCCAUUCAACCAAUUUUUUUUCUUUUUUAAUUCUCUACGUUUGCUUGCUAGUUUUGCUUGCUUGCUUUGCUUUGCUUUGCUUGGCUUGGACCAGACCAGACCAGACCAGCUAUACAAUCAAGAUCAAACCUACGCUCGACUUCUUCUUCUUCCUCUCCUCCCUCUCUUCCUUUAUACCUCUUCUCCCUCAUCAAGUCCUUUUUUUUUUUUUUUUCCCCGUCAUCUCAUUCCUCUUCAUAUCCCUCAUCUUUUACCUUCUUUUCCCCCACCUUCACCUCUUGGGAACCUUUCUUUCUCUCCAGCUUCAUUCUGCUUCCCAAAACACUCGAUCGAAUCUCUCCUCCCCCCCCGGGUCUUAUCCAAAUAUAUAUCUUCGCAAGUCGUCUCUCGUCGAGCCUGCCUGUAUAAUUGCCUUCUUCUGUCUGAGUUAGCAGCCUUUCCAUUCGAUAUCUUUUCUUGCACGAUAUAUAUCCAUCCAUCCAUCCAUCUAUCCACCUAUCCAUCCAUCAGCCCACAGUUUUCUUUUCCCUUCUACGCAAUGGCUGAAAACGCCCCGUCCACCACUUCUUCUACCCUUCCUCCCCCUCCCCAACCCUCUGCAGGUGCCCCUGGUCAGCAACAGUUCGAUGGGUCCCAGGGCAACGGGCAGGGAAAUCCAGCACACAUGCCUCCGCCCCCUCUUCCCCCCGUCGUGAUCCCUCAGAACACCAAUCCGAUUCCAACUGCGAUCACCUCUCCAAUGUCCGGCAACAUGAUGUCCCCUACCAGCACUGGCGGCUUUGUCCGUCGAGCUGCUCCCGAACCAAACAAGCGCGCUCUGUAUAUAGGAGGCCUUGAUGCUCGCGUCACCGAAGACAUCUUGAGACAGAUUUUUGAAACCACCGGGCACGUGCAGAGUGUCAAGAUCAUUCCCGACAAGAAUAGCAAGGGUUUGAACUACGCGGUCCCGAGCGUCCCUAUGACUCCCCAAGGCGGUGCAGGACCUAGCCCUGGCGGUCGCGGCUGGGAUCAGCAAGGAGCUACAAACUUUGGUGGAGGCCCUGGGAUGCCCGCCGCAGGAGGCUACGGUCAGCAACUUCCAGGCGGCGGGCCGGAUACGGCCGCGGACAGUCCACUCAAGCGUCAGGCUGGGCUCAACCGAAUAGUGGAAGCUUUGGGAAUGGGUUUGGAGGGUACCAACCUUAAGGCAAAAAGGACACUGAACAACAAACAUCGAAAUUCCUCCGUUUUAAUUUUUAUUUUAGUUCUUUUGUGCGCGCAAUGCAACUGCUAG